GGAGUUGAUGAGAGUCUAUGGCUCCAAGUUGCUGAUGUCAUCUGGCCGUCAUCCAGAGAAACGGUCAGACUCCGUCAUCCAGAGACAAACGGUCAGACUGAACAAAUGAAUAAGGUCCUGCAGCAAGUUCUGAGGAUGUACAUUAGACCUGAUCAAGUUAACUGGGAUGAGAUGCUCCCAAAGGUAGCCAGUGCAUACAACAAUAGCGUGCAUUUAGCUACUUGUCGCACUCCUAACGAGUUGCAUAAGUCUUUCACACCACGUAGACCAUUUGAAGGGCUUAACCGGGACCAGAUUCAGAGGCUACCGCCGGGUACUAGGGAGUUUGCAUUACAGCACGAGAAAGAGUUAGCUACCAUCGUAGAGAACCUCAGGAAGGCCCAGCAUAGGAUGAUAGAGCAAGCCAACAAGCACCGUCGCCCGUCGCAGUUUCAAGUAGGCGACUUAGUCUGGGUCAAGUCUAAAGAAUUUGCUCCUGAGGAGAACAUCUCACAAAAGCUAUUGCCAGCAUACAGAGGACCGUGGCCAGUCCUAGAAGUCAAGGGCGGAGAGGAUGGACCAUCCUACACAGUAGAGAUCCCAGCACACCUCCAUACCUACCCCGUGUUUCAUGCGUCAAAGUUGUUGCCAUGUAUCACAAGCCAACAGUUUCCAUCUAGAAGACCCAUGAUCCCUCCGGACAUGGAUGGAAGGUACGACAUUGACGGCAUUGUAGGUGAAGACGUAUUCAGAACAGGAGGUAGAGGUCGUCCGCAGAAACAGUAUAAGGUUCGAUUUGCUUACCAGGAACCCGAGGACGAUCGCUGGUUUACUAGGACUGAACUGCUAGAAUCAGCUCCCGACGUAAGAUUUGCAGGGGUGGUGAUCUGCUCAUUGCGGCCAGAUGAUGUUGGCCCAUGGAAGGUGAUUCUCAUGCCCUGCACGUUCGUUGCAGAUGACUGGUCUGCCGCAGGGAACAGUGCUCAACCGACAAGGAUUUUUAAGCUGAAGGUGACAGAGCGCACUCGGCUCUUUGCUGGACUUCAUCAGGAGAGCCCACAAAUGCUGGGCGCUCCGGAGCCUUUUAAGGUGGGCAUCUGGAUUGUGGACAAACAGAACCGCUACUUGGCCACCAGACAAUCCCAGGACACUACAUGUGAGGUAGAUGCCAUUCUUGGGCCGGGACUUUACCAUAUCAUGGUGAAGGCUUUCUCGUUUACAAGCAGAAAUGGGGAGGUUUGCAAGUUUCCGGAUGUGGACAACACCAUCUUGCCCAGGCGGUUUGUCCUGACAAUUCAUUCUGAGGCUGCAGUGCGUGCAAAGCUUGCCUCUGCACCACCAACGAAACCAUACCAAGAUGAGGCGCGAGAGGCAGUUUUUCCAUCAGACCCUGUGUCAGACAUCCCUCCACUGAGUGUAUUGGAACAACGGGGACAAGAAGAGACACCUACCGAAAUCCCGUUAGAGGUUGCAAUGCCUGUACUUUAUUCAUCAGGAGUCACUGUUGCAGGGGCUGCGCGUGCGGCAGUCGCAGAGUCGACGGUUGAGCCCCCACAGCAAGUUUCUGUCAAAGUGGUAAGGUAUCCUGUUGCAAAUUCAGUUAUGGUCCCUCCACGAGCACGCGUGUUUGACGAGUUUGGACAAGAGAUUAAGGAAGAGGAGCCCACGCCACUAGCUGUUUACCCAUCUUUGGUGCAUCCGGUGCCAGAUGAUGAGGUAGAAGAUGCAAUUAUGAUGGCUGGUUCCACAUAUAGUGCCUUUACUGAGCAUCAUGGAGUACCUACACCAGAGCCUCAGCAAGACUUACGGAGGACUGAUCCAGUUGAUGAACCAGAAGGGCCUUCUCUGGAAAGUGAGGGUGCUGCAGAUGUUGUCAUGUCCAAGCAGGCCACUGUUGGAGUGAGAGAACUACCCUUGAGCACUGUUGCUGAAAAGCUUCCUGUAGAAGACGGACUGGGGACAUUGGAGUCUGCUGAUGUGAGACAAGGGCCAGCUCCACCGCAGAUUGAUGUGGUUGCUCCAAGGACUCCCGUAGAGGACAGACCAGAGACAUCCGCACGUGCUGCUCUGAAACAUGUGCCAGUGUCGAAGAAGGCUGAUGCAGUCCCAACAAGAAUUCCUGAAGAGGACAGGCCCGAAACAUCUGCACGGGGUGCUUUGAGAGCAAGGCAACUGCCAAUGCCACUACCUGUUCUUUCCCCCGAGAUCACUCCUGAACUGGAAGCACCAUCCCAGAGAGAAGAACUUGAAGAUGAUGAUUUACAUGAGGAGCAUCCAAUUCCCUUGGUCUCUGAAAGUUCUAUGGUCGUAGUACCAGAGGUUGGGCAAUCCCCUGCUGCCUGGAGACAGCCAGACUUGGAUGAUAUGGAGAGUACCACCCCUCAGGGAAGCACAACGGAGGAGAUUUUUGCUAGGUCUCUGGGAAUACCUCCAGAAGACCUUCCUGAUCUGUGGAAGUCCGCCCCAUGGCAGGCAGUGGAAACUGUCGUGCCUUCAAAGGGUGUCGAGUCAUAUGGUCCAAUAUCAGAUCCACAGUACCAGCCACAUCGUGUGUCCUGGCACCAUGGGGUAAAACUCAUCCCUGCAGGGAAAUUCAUUCCUCAACCCCGCUUGUUUUCCUCCAAGUUGGAUCCAGCAAACAUUGAACAAGGUCUGCUGGGGAACCUGUGGUUCCUGUCUGCCGUUGCGACACUUUUGGAGUUCCCUGCGUUAGUUCUCAAGGUGUUCAUGCAAAAGGAACUCUCACCAGAUGGUAUAUAUCGACUGCGGUUCUUCAAGAGUGGGCGGUUAGUGCAGGUAGCAGUGGACACAAAAAUUCCUUGCAAGGACUAUCGACCUAUUUAUGCACACUCGACUGCAAACGAACUCUGGGUGAUGCUGAUUGAAAAGGCGUAUGCGAAGCUGCAUGGUUCAUAUGAGGCCCUGUCGGGAGGUUCACCCAGUGAAGCCAUCCAAGAUUUAACAGGUGCACCAUGCGUCACGUUUGUGUUCUCAAGCCAGAAGUUCCUACGAUUCGAGUCAACAGGAGGCUUUUGGCCUCUAUUGAAGGGUUACUGUGACCGAGGCUUCAUUUUGACCGUUAUUGCUGCUGGUCCUGACGAGUGUGCUGAGAAUCAGGUCAAGAGGGAAGGACCUCUCGUGAACGGGCACGCAUUUGCCGUGCUGGAGUUGCGGGAGGUUGGAACCCACAGGUUGGUUCACAUUCGUGAUCCAUGGAGCAAUUUCCAGUGGACAGGUCCCUGGUCGGCGAAGAGUCCACUCUGGAGGAAGUAUCGUCACGUAACACGUGAAAUCAGGCCUGUGCUCGAUGGCUCUGACCGUGGAUUCUGGAUGUCAUACGAGGACCUGCUCAAGAAUUUCAUUGGACUGACAGUCUGCUGCAUUAAUCGAGAUGGAACCAAGCCGUGGAAGGAGAUCCACAUUCCAUGCAGCUUCAUUGCCGAUGACUGGUCCUCAGGGGGUGAGAAUGUGCAGCCAGCUAGAAUAUUCCGUCUGAAGAUAUGCGAAGUGACACGAGUGUUCAUUGGGCUCCAUCAAGAAGACCCUAGACUCUUGCAGGCACUUCAUCCUCUCAAGACUGGCGUAUGGAUUAUCGACAAACAGACCCAGAUACUUGCUGUGUCUCAGAGCUUUGAGCCGCUCUGUCAGGUGGAGCUAACUUUACAGCCAGGGAUCUAUAGGGUUCUGACGAAGGCUUUUGCGUACAGGAGCGGGACAGGCAUAUACAAGUUUCCCGAUCGCAGAGGCGCCAUUCUGCCCCGGCAAUUUACGCUGUCGGUUCUAGCAGAUAGACCUGUGGAUGUGUUCUUGAUGACAGUGAAGUGGGUUGAGGCAAAUGCAGGGCCAGCUUCAUGUCCCACCAGUUUUCUGCUUCGGCUUUCAGCUUCAGAUUUGGGAAAUUAUGUGCCAGUUUCGGCGUUACGUCUCGAAACCAACCAUUGUAUGCUUAGGGGACUGAAAUGGUUUAACAAGACGAAUGGGUUGGCGAGAGGGGCAGAGAGCAUCGAUGCUGGUACGGCAGUGGCCAACUCCAUGAUCUAUGUUAAUAGCUAUCCUUAAAGAUUCACAACCUAGAGAAAGGGUUGAAGAUGGAUGGGUUCGCUAGGGGCGGAGAGCGUAGAUGGUGGUUAGACAGUGGCCAACUCCAUGAUCUAUUUAUAGAUAUUCUAAGGAUUCCAACACCUAGACAAGGUUGAAGUGGAGCUGCCCUUUUUCGUGAGUACCGUUGGCGCUGGGGGAAGUCAUGGCUACUUAGUUUAGCAUAAUAGUUCGAACUACGGGGUUUGCAGUCAGCUCUUGGCUGUCUGUGGAUAUUACGACCGGUUACUUUCAAAAUUUUGGGGUUUUCAACCCCUCAUGAUGAUGACACUAGGUCACAAAAGCGCCUCCGGAGGCUUUGAUGUUGUCGUGUCGGCUUCCUGUUGCUCAUUAUCAAUCCUCGGGGCGUGAGGUGUUUUCGCUGUUCAUCAAGAACGAAUCUUGAAUCUUCUUUCCUUCCUGACCCGAGUUUAUGGGUUUCGAACUUUCGGUCUUUUAGGGCGGUUGGAGGCGUACUUACACAACAGUAGGACUUCCUCUACGAAGCUCUCUGGACGUGAUUGCAGUCAGAUUCGUCUAGGUCCGACCGUAAUCGCAGUUAAAUACAAUCAGCCUUUAGGUGUGUGCUAGUAUGAGUAUGUGCCCUCCCUGAGAGUCAGAGCGAUGGUCUUCCAACCUGAGCGGUUAAGGGGUUGGUAUUAAGUGCCUCGUGUAGCUGCUCAACGAGGGGUAAAUAAAUUGCUAUCCUGAGCGGUUAAGUGGGUGCGCUUUGAGGGGUUAAAUCAUUGCAAUCCUGAACGGUUUUGAGUGGGUUUAGUGCCUCGUGUAGCUGCACGAGGGGUAUACAAUUGCAAUCCCAUGGUGACCUCAAUCUGCUGGGUGAAUGGUGGACGACUGCUUCUCAUAAUGUCAUCUCGACUCCGGUUAGGCUAUACGGUCCCCGGACGGACCGAGUUGACUCCGGUUAGGCUAUGCGGUAUGGUCCCCGGACGGAUUGAGUUGGUCAUUCCAGGGCAAUGGGUUCAACGUGGACGGCUUCUCUUGGCAGGAAGGCGGUGUUUUUCAUUGGUUAGACCACAAGUACACGGCCCCAGCCUUGCAGUCCGAAACUUGUCGCCACAAGAAAACGACUCGGAGGCCGAAAUGUCAAACGCUGGGCCCGCCGUUGAUAAAUUCGAUCAGCGGCCCCCGCUUUCGUUUAGCGCCUCCAGUAUUUGAGGUGUCAGACCCGCGGCCCAGGUGGCCAUGUACUGAUGGUUCAAGGGUUUCUAUUGCCAGGAAGAGUGUGUUUUUCCGUUGGUUAAGGGCUUCGUGUGCCAGGAAGACUGUGUUUUCGAUUGUUUUCGAUUGGUUCAUUAAACCCUAAUAUAACCCUAAGGUUAGCAUUCCUUUAGGGUGGUCAAGAUAAGAUUAGGGUUUAGACUCUAGAGGCGUGAGAUAUAUCUCAGAGUCAGACCAAUUCCUUUAGGGUGGUAUUGUGUGAUUUCCUUUCUCUUUCUCUUUUCGUUGAAUGCGGUCUCUGUUGUCCCAGGGGAGCUUUUCUCCCCUUGUCGACGAAAAGCUUUGUGUUUGAUUUCUUGACCAGAUGCAGCCUCAGUAGAGAUGUGGACUGCAACAGAGGACAAGGAGGGCAUGGGGGGGGAUGCGGGGUGAAGGGCAUGUUGUGGUGCGGGGGGAGAAACACUUGGGAAAAAGGGGGCGGGGAGGGGAGAGAGGGAGAGGAGGAGUACAUAUGCGUGCGCGGUAGGGUUACUCUAAUAGGUUCAUGACCUGUUGCAUGCAGGUGCAAGAUCAGUCCAAGGUUAUGAGCAGUGCUACAACAGAAGGCAAGGAGGGCGUGGGGGACGCGGGGGGUGAGGGGUAUAGGGGGGGGGGAACAUUGUUGGAACGCGGGGGGGAAGCGUGCAUAGGGGUGCAAAGAAGGGUCACUCUACCUCGUGACAGGCUCGUCGGCUGUUGGAUACAGGUGCAAGGUCACUCCAAGGUUAUUAACAGUGCCAAAGAAUGCUCAUCGCAGGACAAGCGGCAUUCGGAAUUGUUCACAAGUCCUCCCAUGACGCAGGUAGGAUCUCUGGUUUGUGUUUGAUUUUGUGAUCGAUUGUGACGCCUCAAUAGAGAUGAGAACUACAGCAGAGGACAAGGGAAAACUGAACUGAGAUGGAUACAGGCCAAGUUCAGUACUUCUCGCUUCUGAUCCAACUCUGCACGGAAGCGAACGGUCUUAACUCUGCACGGAAGCGAACCGUCUUAACUCUGCACGGAAGAGAACCGUCUUAACUCUGCACGGAAGCGAACCGGAGAUACAGGCUAUGGGUUGGCAAGGCCAUUUAUUGUGUGGCUGAUAUUGGUGGGGUGGCAUCCAAUGGGCUCGAGAAAGUAGGCCGGGAAAAUUAAGAUGGAGUCAAGAGGCCUUUGAUUGUGAAUGGUUUUUUUCGUGUUAAAUAGUGCAUGAAGUGAGGAGAUUAUAACCUGUCCGUUUGUCCACGUAGAUGAGGAUCCGAAGAAGGCAGGGAUUUGAGAAGAACUCAUAAGAGUCUGAGUUAGCAUAGGUCUCUAGUUAGUGAUCCACUUAUUUAGGCACUUCCGUAACAUCCCCUACAAAAUUUUGCGUCAGAAUUCACUUACAUUGGAUUUCCCGCUCAUGUUUCAUUUUCUGUUGCAAGUUCUGGUGCCUCGGCUUACGCGCUGGAAAAGAA